GCUAAAGUUGGCGCGAAACCCUCCUACGCGGGCCUUUCGAAAAUGGCGACACAUUCAAAUCUGAGUUCGAAUAGCGAACCGCCGCGAUCAGUCGCGCUCCUUUCGCCGCACGUGGCUCACAGAAAAAAAAGCUAUCGCUUUUAAAAGGUGUUAAUUUUUGUCAAAGAGGAUUUAGUGUAGUGAUUCGAAAAUGGUUCGAAAAAUAAGUGCACUUCUGUGUUGCUUCUGCGUUUUCGGCAUAUCAUUGAGUGAUAGCGCGAUAUCAACUGAGAGCGAAAAGAGAUGCCGAAACCCACCCACAGCACCUCAGAAAAUAGAAAGAGUGAUCACAUUAUGUCAAGAUGAAAUCAAGCUGUCCAUCCUGAGAGAAGCACUAGACGUGAUAAAAGAAGAACACACAAUGCCGGCCGAGAAGAGAAGGAACAAGAGGGAGGUGCCUUUCACCCAUGAUGAGAAGAGAAUAGCCGGAUGCUUACUGCAAUGCGUCUAUCGGAAAGUGAAAGCGGUCGAUGGCUACGGGUUCCCCACGCUGGAGGGUCUGGUGGGGCUGUACUCAGACGGCGUCAACGAGCGCGGCUACUUCAUGGCAGUGCUGGAGGCCUCACGAGAGUGCCUCAUGAGGCACCAUGACCACUUCUCACGGACUGUGCCCAUGGAUAAUGGUCGCAAUUGUGACGUUUCGUUCGACAUAUUCGAGUGCAUCUCCGACCGCAUCGGCGAGUAUUGCGGCAACACGGGACUUUGAACACGACUCACGAUAUAAGUAGAUUAUACUAUACUAAAAUGUUGUGAAAAUAAUCUUUACACACUCACGCCAUUUCCUGUAUGCUCUGUGAUUCUGUAAAUCUCACAAUAGGGAUGACACUUACUUUUUUUCUUCCUUUAUCAGGGAGAUUAUCAAAAAGUAUUAGACACAUAUUUUUUCCUUGUUCACAAAAUCAAAACAUUACAGGGAUAUAUUGAUUUGAAAUGUCGCAUGACGUCACUUCUCGGUACAAUUUUUACUUAUACGUGACGUCGUGAGUUCCCACUCCCAAAGACUGACGCGCUUUAUUUUUGUUUUAUUUUGGUUGAUUGACUAAAAAAAAAUAAGUGUCUAUUAUUUUUUGAUAAUCUAACUGACGAAAAAGAAUUUCGUUUAAUUUACCCCGUCAUCAUCCUUAGCUACCUUUAAAUAAGGAACUCAUCAUAUAAUCAAUCAUUGAAACAAAUUACUACGUACUUGCCAGCAUAAAAUAAGUUCACACUUUAAGCGAAACUCAUUAAAUAAUACUGUCACCGAAACCGUUAUAUAAAUUUUACCAAAUCGCAAUCAUUAAAACGAAUGACUUUGCCUGUCUAUGAAAU